GAACUAUCUUGACAGUGAAGCGCAUCUCUUUGGUUGUUUCAGCCGAGGCUCGCUCGCGGUCCCCCGGUCAGAAGGCACACCGGAGUCACGGAGGACCAGCUGACAGCACGGUGUGAAAUAUGAGAGACACAGGUCCCUAAGUGACCCAUCUGAAGCCUGAGACAUUAGGUGGCCCUGGUUGUGUUGCGCUCGGGGAGCCUGGUGCAGUUAUUCAUUCCCUCGGUGUGAUCCAGGGUGUUCUGCAGGGCGCCAUAACAACGGCAGGAACAGAUGUCAACGUAUAAGAGAGCCACUUUGGAUGAGGAGGACCUGGUGGACUCCACCAGUGACGAUGUCUACCCAUCAUCACCCAUGCAGGUGACUCUUCUGCACGGCCGCGGUCCCUCAUGUUGGCUAGACCGGACACAGAGUGAGAGGAGGCUGCUGUGUCUAGUGUGUGUCGUGUCUCUGGGCCUGUUCAUAUCUCUCAUCACUACCGGGGUCCUUUACAAGCAGACUCACCCGGGCCUGUGCCUGACCGAGCCGUGCGUUACUGUGGCCAGUGCGGUCAUGGGAGCCCUGGACCAAUCCGUCGACCCCUGCCACGACUUCUACAACUUUGCCUGUGGGGGCUGGGUGAAGAACAACCCCCUCCCUGAGGGCAAGUCCCGCUGGGGACCUUUCAGCAACCUGUGGGAGAGCAACAUUCUUGUAAUGAAGCAUUUGUUAGAAAACACAACGAUGAAAGGUCUGAGUAAGGCUGAGGAAAAGGCCCAGCGAUACUACCAUGCCUGCAUGAACGAGGCCAAGAUUGAAGAGUUGGGAGCUAAGCCACUGCAGGAGCUCAUCAGCCAGAUCGGAGGAUGGGCCCUGACGGGACCCUGGGACAAAAACAACUUCCAGGAAGUGUUGCGUAUGGUGUCUGCCAACUAUCACACCUCGCCUUUCUUCACCGUGUUUGUCAGCACCGACUCCAAAAACUCCAACACCAACAUAAUCCAGGUGGAUCAGUCCAGCUUGGGGCUACCGUCACGGGAUUACUACCUCAACAAAACGGCAAAUGAAAAGUAUCUGACAGCAUACCUCGUCUUUCUGACGGAGUUGGGGGUUCUCCUGGGGGGCUCCGAGGAGACGUCUCGGACGCUGAUGGAGGAGAUCGUGGACUUUGAAUCCACCCUGGCCAACAUCACGGUCCCUCAGGAGGAGAGAAGAGACGAAGAGCUCAUCUACAAUAAGAUGAAGGCCAAGGAUCUGAAGAAUCUGGUUCCGGCGGUGGACUGGAUGCCGUAUCUCUCAGAAGUGUUUGCUCCCGUGCCGCUCAACGAUUCAGAGCCGGUGGUUGUUUAUGCCAAAGAAUACCUCCAGCAAGUUUCUGACCUCAUAACGAAAACAAAUAAGAGCCUACUCAACAACUACAUGAUAAUGAAGGUGGUGAGGAAGAUGAGGUCCAUUUUGGACCAAAGGUUUCAGGACGCAGAGCAGCGCUUCCUCGAGGUCAUGUACGGAACGAAGAAGAGCUGCACUCCACGCUGGAAGCUGUGCGUCAGCGACACGGACAGCGCCCUGGGCUUCGCUCUGGGAGCCAUGUUUGUCAAAGCCACCUUUGCCGAGGACAGCAAGACUAUUGCUGAAGAUAUGGUCGGGGACAUUAAAUGGGCGUUUGAGGACAGCCUGAAGUAUGUGAGCUGGAUGGACUCGGAGACAAAAAAAGCAGCCAAAGAAAAGGCAGAUGCAAUAUACAACAUGGUGGGAUAUCCAGAGUUCAUCAUGAACGGCACAAAGCUGGACAAAGUGUUCGAUGAUUUCGAGGUGGUGUCGGAGCUUUACUUCCAGAAUGUCAUGCAGUACUACAACUUCUCAGCCAGAGUGACUUCCGACCAGCUGAGGAAAACUCCCAACAGAAACCAGUGGAGCAUGACCCCUCCGACUGUGAACGCAUAUUACAACCCAACCAAGAAUGAGAUGGUUCUGCCUGCAGGAAUUCUUCAGGCUCCGUUUUACAGUCGUUCCUGGCCUAAAGCUCUCAACUUUGGUGGCAUUGGAGUCGUCAUGGGACAUGAACUGACUCAUGCUUUUGAUGACCAAGGGAGGGAAUACGACAAGGAUGGAAACCUGCGUCCCUGGUGGAAGAACUCUUCGGUGGAGGCCUUCAAGAAGCAGACACAGUGCAUGGUGGAGCAGUACGGAAAUUACAGCAUCAACCAGGAGCCCAUGAACGGGAGGCAGACCCUGGGAGAGAACAUCGCCGACAACGGUGGACUCAAGGCAGCCUACAAGGCUUAUGUGAAUUGGAUCAAAAAUAACGGCGAGGAGGCCACGCUACCUGCCCUGGGAAUGACGAACCAUCAGCUGUUCUUUGUAGGAUUUGCCCAGGUUUGGUGCUCUGUCAGGACACCCGAAAGCUCGCACGAGGGCGUCAUCACAGAUCCUCACAGUCCAUCGAGAUUCCGAGUCAUCGGCACCAUCUCCAAUUCACAGGAAUUCUCAAAGCACUUUGGCUGCAAAGCAGAUGCUCCCAUGAACCCCAAACAUAAGUGUGAGCUUUGGUGAUGCCCCGUUGCUGUUAAUCAGGAAGGAGGGAGAAUGGAGGUUUGGGAGGAAGCAUUGACAAAGUCUCUCUAGACGGGCACCGCAAGAACCACUGAAACUCCUACUGCCUUGCCACUGCUUUCAGGACAGAAUGGGCCUGCUCUGUGUGGAGGGUUGCACUCUUCAGUGCUUCGCCACAAGGAUUGUUGGUUUAGCAAACUGCUUGCCCCAACUUCUGAAGUUAAAUGUAGCUAUGAAUGCGCACUGGAAACCCAGCAAAUGGUUACAGAAAAUGGGAGAACCACUCUCAAAUUUUGUGAACUGCUCGUUUGUCAUAAAGUGAUAAAUAUUUGUAUUUGUUCCUGUAACUCUUCACUGUGCUUGGAUAUGCUCCCAUUUUAUUAUUUUUUUAAUUGUAUUUUAUUCAUGGUCACUUUUUUUUUUUUUUUUUUUAACCUGAUGGAAAAUUGAUAUCUGUUUUAAAUCUGUUAAUCACGAAUGGUAUAAAUGUGUUUUAUUACUCAAACAGCCGUUUGUACUUGAACCAUUGCAAUGUUUCAGAAACACUGCGUAACAUUUGGUCAAACUGUUACGUUUUAUAGACAUAUUGAUGCGAUAUAUGCCUCCCAUUGCUGGCUUUUCAUUUAUGAAAUGUAAAACCAAUACAAGUCAGAAACACAAUAGAGGAAUUAAGACAUUCACAGCAAAAGUGUAAGCUAUGUUUUCCAUCCAGAACCUAUGAUGUGCCAUACCUGUUUUUAUGAGUAAGAGUUUGUCACAAAUUAUUUUGUAUAGUAAAACCAGUCUUAAAACAUU